AUGGUCUCCAGGAAUGUGGCAAUAGGACUGAUGUUCUUAUCAGUGACUACUGUUGGAAUUCUGGGAAAUUUCUCUCUGCUUUUUUAUUAUUUAGUCCAUUCCUGGAAUGACUGUAAAUUAAGGUCCACAGAUAUGAUUCUCAAGCACCUGAUGAUAGCCAACUCCUUGGUCAUUCUGUCUAAAGGAAUUCCCCAGAUAAUCACAGCUUUUGGGUUGAAAUAUUUUCUCAGUGAUUUUGCAUGCAAACUUAUUUUGUAUAUUCAGCGAGUGGGCAAGAGUAUGUCCAUUUUCAUCACCUGCCUCUUGAGCAUCUUCCAGAACAUCACCAUCAGCCCCGUGAAUUUCUGUUGGAAGGAUCUCAAAGGAAGAGCUCCAAAGUUCAUUGGCUUCUUCAUUUCCUUCUGCUGGGUCCUGUACAUGAUGGUGAAUUCCAUUUUUCCUCUCUAUAUGCUUACCAAAUGGAGUAGGAAAAACACAACAGAGAAAAGAGAUCAUGGGUACUGUUAUGUAGGUCAUGACAAAAUCACAGACUCAAUAUAUGCAGCCUUAUUUGUAUUUCCUGAGGUUGUCUUUUCCAUGCUCAUGAUCUGGUCCAGUGGCUCCAUGGUUCUCCUUCUGUACAGGCACAAGCAGAGGGUUCAGCACAUUCACAGCAUUAAAGUUUCCCCCAGAUCUUGUCCUGAGUCCACAGCCACCCAGAGAAUUCUUGUCCUGGUGGGCACCUUUGUGAGUUUCUACACCCUCUCCUCCCUAUUAAGUGUUCAUAUUGCUCUAUUUUCCAGCUGGGAAGGGUGGUUGGUGAACAUCAAUGAACUAAUAUCAGUGUGUUUUCCCAUGGUCAGCCCCUUUAUUCUCAUGAGCCAUGAAACCACCCCCUGCACUCUCUCCAGGCUCUGCUUUGUUUGCAUAAAACCCACAAAAUCUUGCUGGGUGCUGUGGAAAACAUUUAUUAUCAGGAACCUGGAAGACUAAGACCAAAGAAUUACAAGUUGAAGGCCAGGCUCAACU